UUAGUCGUCAAGAUGGAGGAAGUACAGUAAAAUACUUAAUCAUUCUUGGAUCUUUUCUCUUUGAUUUACUCUCAAAAUAUUACCAAAAAUGAGCUGGAUGAACAUAUUUGGUGGUAGUUCUUCUAACGUAGCGAAACCUAAUAUUCCUGCAACGACAGCACUGCAACAACAAAGGUUAAAACAGAUCGAUACUUUAAAGUCCAUCUUUCACAGUGUAACUGAAGUCCAGAGAGAUGUGGAGUACAGAGUCACAUUCAGUGUGGGCACCUCUACUAUGUUUCUUAAUGUGAAUCUACCUCCUCAAUUCCCAAAUGAAAAACCUAUUGUUAAGGUAUCACCUCCAGUACACCAUCCUUGGGUCAGUGACCAGAUGGUAGUGACAGGAUGUCCUGCAUUAAAUAUGUUCUAUAUGCACUCUAGUCUUGGGAAGGCAGUGCAAGAUGUUGUGCGGGAGUUUUCAGAACACCCACCACAGCUUAUUACUCAACCAACAACAGGAUCACAACCUUCUAUGCCAUCAUCAGGAAUAGUUGGUGGUUAUCAGCCCUCGUCUACAUACAGUUUUUCUGGAUAUCAGCCCCAGGUUACACCAUUUUCAUCAACAGGGUAUGGUGGAGUACCCAAUACUAAUCAUAUGUUUCCAAUGACCUCAACUUCUGGGGUAACCCCUGUUAGUUCUACACAGAGAAAUUCUCCUAAUUCUGAUGAGGUACCAACUUGUACUUCACAAGAGUUUCCAGAAUUGAAUGGAUUAAGUUUAAUAGAAUUGAAGGAACUAAAUGACAAUAAAGAAUUACUAGAAGAGUUUGUUAAAAGUAAAUUAGAACCAGUAAAGAAACUUCAAGUAAAAAAAGAAGACAUCACUAAAGAGAAUGAACUAAUUGCUAGAAAUAACUUAUCAUUACAACCAAAAUUUGAAGCUUUAAAACACAGCAUUUUAACAAAUCACGAGUUACAAUCAUCAUUGACAACAGAAUUUGCUCAAAGAAGUCAAAAACAAAAAUACUUAUCAGAGAUUUACUCGAUUAGCAGUAUUCACACCAACAUGGAACUAGCUGCUGCAGAGGCAGAUCAGGACUCGGAGGCAAUUGCUGACAGUUUCCUGAAUGGUGAAAUCAAAACAGAUGAAUUUAUUCAGACUUAUAUGGAAAAAAGAAAGCUUUGCCACUUGAGAAGAGCAAAGGAAGAAAAGAUGAGAUACCUACAUACUCAUUUUUAAAGAGGGAGAGGAAAAAAUAAUCUAGCUCUUUGGAUCCCUUGCACUAAAUAAGAUUGUUCAGGGAAGACACCAUUUGAGAUCAGGAUAAUACACUUCGUUGGCAUACCAUCAAUUUGGUAGAAAAUUGAGCAUAAAAGGUAUAGCUGUCUUGAGCAUUAAGAGGACUCACACCUGCUUAAACACUGUAUGCUACUACUCAUCCACGUUAUGCAGAACAAGUGAAUGGUGGACCCUUGCUCAAUCAAGGCAGCAGCAAUGAAGUUAUUUUUUCUGGUGCUUUGGCUUCCCUUAAUAGACCUUAUUUGUCUUUGUGCAAUGCUUUCCCAUUACAGACAAUGUGUCAUUCCCUAGAGUAUCAUUUCUUUGUUUAAUGACGGUUGCACAUGAGAGGACAUCAAAUGAAUAUGAAUACCACUUAAAUAAAGAAUAUUUUUAUCUAGGGAAUGAUACAUAGUCUGAAGUGGAAAAACAUUGCACCAUGAUGAAUAAGGGCUAUCAGUCUUACAGUAGUCCGGGUAUUACAUUUUGAUCAUUAGCAGAAGUCCAUAACUAUCUGGUUAUGAACUCAUGUCAUUAGGAUAAAAAGUACCAGUUAUUCAAAACGAGCUAUAACUGAAUUAUCUUCAAUGUUUUUAAUGAUGUCCGCAAGGUCGAUUAGCCGGUCUCCUACAACCAACUUCAUUUCAAACACAGAAAUUAGAAAACCUAGGUUAUUCAGCGGUGUUUUGCUGCCACGAGCAAUAGAGAUGACUACAUUGCUUACUGAGGAAUAUCAAUUUAUUCUCAAAUGCAAAUGGUAUAUUUACAAUUUCAUCAAAGCAUGUCAAAUCACUAAGUGGCAUAGUAAGGUUCAAAAAAGAGACCUUGGAAAACCAUGACGAAUGAAUGUUUUAUGUAUAAGAAUAAAAUAUAAAUUUAUACAACAUUAAAAUG